CGGUAAUGUGAAUGAUGGUCGUUUAAAUACCGUUAUAGCAUCGGUUUGAGUUGUGGUGGAUCAUGGGGGCUGCUUGUUGUGUUGCUGCUAGAGACAAAGCUAUAGUAAAUGGAUCAGGCAGUGAACUUUUACAUAGGAAUAUAAGAUGUUCACCAACUUGGAGUUUUCAUUGGGAUAACUGUGGGCGUGUGGCGGGUGAAGACUCUUCUGUAAGUUGGUUUUCAGAUGUGGUUAGUCGGAAUGAUGGAUCAGAGGUCAAACUUGAAUCUGCUUGUGUUUCGGAAGAUGGAAGUCUGUCUGGGAGUUUUCAGUCUAGGACAUGGAAAAAGUGGCCAACUUCAGAAGGAGAUGGUGGAAAUUUGAGAACUCCCGUUUCAGAUCAAUCUAUUUCAAGAAAUAUCUCUAUUGAUGUGAACUUAGAGCAGCAGGUGAGGGAGUCAAUAGAAUCCCCAACAGCCUCAUGUCGAUCUCCUCCUAAGUUAUCGUUUUCUUUGCCAUCAGCUUCCUCCUUAGCUACAUCUCUUUCGUCAUACCAGAGUUAUGUGCAUCCUACCAGUUCAACGGCAACGAGGUGGCCUCUGGAAUUGAAAUCACCGAAUAGGUACUCAGUUCGUGAGGAAAGGCCAGUGACUCCUUCAUGGAGUAAUGAAUCAACCGGUGGCUCUCGUGGUGGUUCUUCUGAUGCUUGGUCUAUGCAUGCCUUUUCUGAACUUAUGGCUACAUCUCGUAGGGAAAGGUUGUCUUUUGAUAAUGACACAUGGGGUUCUCAUCGUGAGAAGAUAAGCACGUCCAGUGGCCGAAUCUCAGCAUCUCCCUCUGUUGAUCUGCAAAAGUGUGGUGUUUGCUCAAAGCUACUAUCGGAAAAAUCUUUGUGGAGCAGCCAGAAGAUUGUUAUUAGCAAUGAGCUUCCUGUUGUCGCUGUUCUAACAUGUGGGCAUGUUUACCAUGCUGAAUGUUUGGAGCAUAUGACCCCUGAAAUCGACAAGUACGAUCCGACUUGCCCGAUAUGUACACUGGGGGAGAAGACAACACACAAAUUAUCCGAGAAAGCAUUUAAAGCAGAAAUGGAUUUUAAGGCUAAAAUCAACAAAAGAUCAAGGAAUCGAGUUGUUGAUGGUGAUAUCGAUGAUGAUCCUGCUCUAUUUAAUCGUCCAAACAAAAACGGACUCGAAGGAGAGGCCUCCAGUUCGAACACGAAAAGCUCGAGCAGGCCUUUCCUGUGGAAGCACUUUUCUUUUGGAUCAAAGGAAAGCAGGUCCCCUUCAGAGAAUCACUCUACUAGGAAAAAGGGUCUUUUCUGGACCAAAUCUAGCAAGACAUGAUGUUUGAGUCUGCUUCGAGGAGGUUAGUAUCAUCUCUCUUUGACAAAUAAAACUGCCUUUCUUAUAGCUUCAAUGUCAUAGUUAUGCAUUUCUUUGGAGUUCUGCCGGAUAUCGGGAUCUCAUCGACUGGAUUAUAUCAGGUGGAACUUCCACUUGUAAAGAAGAUAUUGCUAAUUUACAGGGUGAUUAGAAUAGAUCGAUAUAUUGAAGAAAAAAGGAAUGGAAAAAAGAAGAAAAUAUGGGCAUUACAGUAGUGAUUUGUUUCAUGCUUUGUACAGAUUGAUCUGUUUCAUGCUUUGGAUAUUCAUACACGAAUUGAUUCAUAUGAAUUUUAUGUAUGGUUAU